UGAUCGUUCUUGGUCAUUCCAGUUUAACAAGUAAAAGUCACGAUCUCCAAACGGUAUAUAAAAGUAUCGACAAGAAUGACCGAGUCUCAAUCGAAGAAAGCCAAGAUGACAAGCUCAUUGACGCAACUGAAGGAAAUCACGACAAUUGUCGCCGAUACCGGUGACUUUCAAGCUAUGGAACAAUUUAAGCCAAUAGAUGCAACUACAAAUCCUUCUUUAAUUCUUGCUGCAGCUAAUCAAAAGAAAUAUGCACACUUAAUAGAUAAAGCUGUACAGUAUGGAAAGAAAUCUGGAUCCACUUUGCAAGAACAACUUGAAGCAGCCUUGGACAUAACAUGUGUUCUCUUUGGUAAAGAAAUUUUGAAUAUCAUACCUGGAAGAGUUUCUACAGAGGUAGAUGCUAGGUUAUCUUUCAAUAAAGAAGCUAGCAUUGAAAAAGCAAAGAAGUUAAUUGCUUUAUAUGAAGAAAGUGGUAUAAAUAAAAAUCGUGUGUUGAUAAAACUUGCUUCUACGUGGGAAGGCAUUCAAGCAGCAAAAGAAUUGGAAGAGGAGUAUGGAAUCCACUGUAAUUUGACACUUCUAUUUUCUUUUGCACAAGCAGUUGCAUGUGCGGAGGCAGGUGUAACUCUUAUAUCACCAUUUGUUGGUAGAAUUCUAGACUGGUACGUAGCAAAUACAGACAAAAAAUCUUAUCAGCCUAAGGAAGAUCCAGGUGUUGUAUCUGUAACUAAAAUUUAUAAUUAUUAUAAAAAGUUUGGAUACAAAACUGUUGUUAUGGGUGCAUCGUUUAGAAAUAUUGGUGAAAUUAAGGAAUUGGCUGGCUGCGAUUUUUUGACCAUAAGUCCAAAAUUGUUAGAAGAGUUAGAAAAAAGUAAUGAACCAGUUCGCAAAGUUCUUACGAUGGAAAUGGCGAAGAAGUCUGAUCUUCAAAAGAUCAGUUUGGAUGAAACCAAAUUUAGGUGGUUACUUAAUGAAGAUCAAAUGGCAACAGAUAAAUUAAGCGAAGGCAUUCGCAAAUUUGCAGUGGAUGUACGCAAACUGGAAAAACUACUUCAAGAAAAAAUUCAAUCUUAAAUAUGAACAUAAUGCUUUGUUUAAGAAUGUUUAUGUAACGAAAGUUUUAUUGUAAAUAAUAGUACCUUGAACUAACAAUUACUUGUGUUUCAGUGUAUAAUACAUUCCAUUCUAUGUAUUUAUAAAAUGAUGUAGGAACAAUGUACAUAUACAACGACAUAGAUAUUAUAACGUGUAUAUUGUUAAAUAAAAAUGGAAUUUUAGAGGGAAAAAA